ACUUAAUUCGUUUCGGAUAGAUCAACAGUUAUAAUCAAUAACUGACAUCGUAUCUUCAUGGCGGAACGGGACAGAAUUAUAAAGCUGAAUGUCGGGGGAGCCCUUUAUACGACGUCAAAGUCCGUCCUGACCAGUGUCCGAGGCGGAUUUCUGGACAGAGUGGCCGUGGGAGAAAUCAACUCCAUGAGGGACCACCGGGGCACCAUAUUCAUUGAUCGAGACGGACACGUAUUCAGAUAUGUUCUGAACUAUCUCCGGACGUCGAAGUUGACAGUGCCGCAGGGUUACAAGGAGCUGUAUCUUCUCAGAGAGGAAGCAGACUUCUAUGGACUCCCGGGGCUCGUUGCUGAGAUAGACAACAUCCUGAGAUCACGGAAGCGACGAAACAGGCCACGCUUGUCCAAACAAAAGAGUAAAAGCAUGGAUUUGAUUUGUGACGAGAACGGAACUGUCAUCUUUGAAGAUGAUUCUUCCGAUUUUUUCUAUGACUGAUAUAUACUUUUUUCCUGUUGUUAAUCAAUAGCUUAUUAUCAACGACUUACGUUGAAAGCAAUGCAGGUGUAUUUUAACAUACAUUCAAUCUGCUCGAGGGCCUCCCUUAUUUCGAAAUCUUCUGAAAGGAUCAAGUUUUCUCAUUCCUACAAUGAUGAUAACAUAAUCAGAACUCUGUUAAGAGGACAUUUCUGUUCAGAUGCCGUUUGUUCCCUUUGCGUGAAACAUUUCUUAAUACUUGGGGGUCGAACUCAUUUGUAAAGGGUAUUUUGGUAUUUAAUAUUUUAAACAAGAACUAUCAUCACCAAAUAACAAGCGUUGUAAGUAUUGCCUUAUUUUUCGAAAAAAACACAUGUGACUUCAUCGUUAACAAAAAGCACAGGGUAGUAUAUUCAGCACUAUCUGAAUGCACUUGAUUAGAAGGAGGAAAUUUAAGGGAGGCGAUAAUUCAUGACUUACGAUUUGUUGAUGUCUACUGCACAAUAUAUUCUUAUUUGAUCAGUUUAACGUAAUUAUCUUUGUGAUGGAGGUGUCAGGUACGAUAUAACAGGUCUACAUACAGCAUUGCAUGUUCAAAAAAUGUAAGCGAAGAAUUUACUGCAAACGCUUGGCAUUGAUCCUUGUCCGAUGCAUACGUGUGUGUAUAGAUUCAAUGGUUUAAGGUCUAUACUUGUUAAUUUCGAACAAAGAAAUUGCUUUCGGUGGUGAUCAGGCAGCUAACAAACUUGUCAGAGGCAAAAUGUACAGCUUGUUCUUUCUUAUUACUACUAUUAAUAGUAUUGUUUUGUUUCGCUGAUCUUGAAAUUGCGAAGGAACAUUUAAACAAUUAUACAACUUAAUCCAUGUCAUAUUUAAUCAAUCUUGUCGAAUCGUUCCAGCAAUACUGCAGCAGUAUACUGAACAUAAUGUGUAAACACGAGCUGCCUCUAAAUACCGUAUGGAUCUUAAGUGUCAAUUGUCUUACAUUUUGUUUCCAGUGAGGUGUCACGUUCUAUCGGUUUGUUAUAGCUGGUUUUAUGAAAACUUUGACAGGUAUCCAAAUUGCAUUUAACAACGGCGAUUUUCAUUUCAUAUGUUUAUAAAAUGAAGAAAAAUGAAGGUUAAUAUUUGUUACAUAGAUGUGUCUGUAUCAACUACAUCAUUCACAUACUUAACUUUUGAAGCAAAUCACACUUGAUGCAGAAACAUGUUUGACCUAAGAGGUACUUUCAAAAAGUAAUUAGUAAAGAAGUCAAUGGCGUCCUCUACGUAUUCAAUAGUAACAAACAUAAUUUUCUCAUAUUUUUACCCGGAUUUUGCCGCACUCUUCGAAUAAUAUCGGUGAUUUUCCGACUUCGAUAAAAAUGUUUGGUACUUAACCGGGCACUAUUAAAUCUUAUCCAUAUAUUAGAUUUGGGACUACAAAAUAUAGUUUAAUCUUGUUACAAGUUGCUUAAGUUUCAUGAAA